CGCCGGCGUACUCAACACAGGUCAUUUUGAUCAAAGAGAAGGUGUUUUCUGUAAUUUCGAUUCUCUCCGCAUAUAAAACAAGUCGGGUGCCCGUUGCUUUCCCUCCCGCCCUCAUUUCAAUUCAACCCUUCUUCUUCUUCUUCCCUGUCUAAAUUCAGUUUCUUCAUCUCUACUUGCUACCAUUUCCUAAAAUGCCCCCUAAGACUAGAAGCUCCAGAUUUCCUAGAGUCGUUAUGGGAAGGGAAUCCGAUUCCGAAGAGAGUUCGUCUUCUUCAGAAGAAGAAGAGGAAGAAGUGAUUUCAGAAGCGGUUCCAGAGAACGGAAAUGGUGGAAAAGCAGGAGAGAAAGGAUUGGAUUCCCAGAGUGCGAAUAAGAAAGGGAAAGCGCCCAUUACUAUCAGUCUCAAGAAAGUCUGCAAGGUUUGCAAAGGGACAGGGCACGAAGCUGGAUUCAAGGGCGCUACCUACAUCGAUUGCCCAAAAAAGCCUUGCUUUCUCUGUAAAAAGCCUGGCCAUACCACAAUGGCAUGCCCACAUCGAGUAGCUACAGAGCACGGCAUCAUUCCUGCACCACGCAGGAACACUAGGAACCCUUUGGACUACGUGUUCGAGCGCCAGCUGAGUACCAACAUUCCUAUUAUAAAACCGCCAUUUGUGAUCCCGGAUCAAGUGGAUUGUGCAAUUAUCAGAUUCCACAGUAGGCGUAUAACAUGUUUGGAGUUUCAUCCAACUAGUAAUAAUAUUCUCUUAUCAGGAGAUAAGAAAGGACAGCUUGGAAUCUGGGAUUAUGUGAAGAUACAUGAAAAGAUGAUUUAUGGAUCCGUUCACUCUUGCAUACUUAACAAUAUGAAGUUCAACCCUGUAAAUGAUGGAACUCUGUACACAUCGGCUUCAGAUGGGACCAUCAGUUGCACCGACUUGGAGACUGGAAUGUCACAGUUAUUGAUGGACCUUAACCCAGAUGGAUGGACUGGACCAGCAAGUUGGCGGAUGCUGUAUGGCUUGGAAAUCGCAUCAGAGAAAGGUCUUGUGCUUGUUGCAGAUAAUUUUGGAUACCUUUACUUGGUGGAUCUGCGUUCAAACCAGAGAACAGGUGGACCCAUUUUAAUUCAUAAAAAGGGUACUAAGGUUGUGGGGCUUCACUGUAAUCCUGUUCAGCCAGAGCUGCUUCUAACUUGUGGAAACGAUCAUUUUGCUCGUAUUUGGGAUGUGCGUAGAUUGGAAGCUGGAGCAUCGAUCAGCAACAUGGCUCACAGCCGUGUUGUGAACUCAGCGUAUUUCUCUCCAUUGACUGGCAGCAAAAUUCUGACUACUUCACAGGAUAACCGCAUUCGAGUGUGGGAUUCCAUCUUUGGAGAUUUGGAAUCUCCAAGUAGAGAGAUUGUGCACAGCCAUGAUUUCAACCGGCAUUUGACUUGUUUCCGAGCUGAAUGGGAUCCAAAGGACCCGUCGGAAUCCCUUGCUGUCAUUGGCCGUUACAUAAGUGAGAACUAUAACGGAGUUGCCUUGCAUCCUAUUGAUUUUAUAGACACCAGUACUGGCCAACUUGUUGCUGAGGUGAUGGAACCAAAUAUUACAACCAUCAGUCCUGUGAAUAAGCUACAUCCCCGAGAUGAUAUCAUGGCAUCAGGGAGCUCUCGGUCGAUCUUCAUUUGGAGGCCCAAGGAGAAUGCCGAGCCUGUGCAAGGGAAAGAUGAAAGGAAAUUUAAGGUAUCCAUUUGUGAGAAGGAUGACAAGAAACCCAGAAAAAAAUUGGGUGGCGGAAGUGAUGAUGACUCUGAUGACUUCCCCAAGGGUAAGAAAUUGAAUGAUUCGAGACCUAAGAAACAUGGAUCAAAAUCAACCCGUUCUGUUCUGACCAAGGUCAAAAGAUAAGCUGACAAGAUCAGAAUUCAAACCCAAACUUGCAUGAAUCUCGUUGACAAGGCACACUUGCUUCUGAAUCAUGUUAUCCCUAUAAGCUUCAGGUCCUGGAAUAGCAUAUUUAGUACUCUGUUGCUGCACACUAUCUAUUAAGUGAUAAGUCAGGGAAUUGUUUUGCCACAGUUGGGUUAGGUUGCCUAUACUCUGACCUUGUACAGGGAACUUCUGUUGUGAAACAGAUGUAGGAUUUUGUGCUGAAUUGUUUUGCCUGGCCUAGGAAUGGCUUUCAUCUUGUAUUUUUUUGUGAUUAGUUCUUUGAUGAUCAUUUCAGCACUA